AUGGGAUCGAUUCGCCAACGACUUUUAGAGGCUCAAGAAAGAACUACCGAACAAGUCAAGGUGAUUCGCUUAAGGUUGCUAACCGCUCAAAGUCGACAAAAGAGCUAUGCCGACUAUCGUCGUCGCCCAUUAUCAUUCGAAGUGGGAGAUCACGUGUUUCUUAAAGUAUCGCCACGUCGAGGUUUAUCACGUUUUGGGAAGAAAGGAAAGCUUUCAUCGUGUUAUAUCGAUCCAUUCGACAUUAUCGAGAAAAUCGAGGAGGUUGCGUACCGUCUAGCUUUGCCAUCGAGAUUAUCGAAUGUGCAUGAUGUGUUUCACUCCGAACUCGAAUUGGAAGCCGACGCAUCAUAUGGGGAAGAGCCAAUACGUAUCCUAGACACGCGUGAUCAAGUGUUGAAGGGUAAGACGAUAUCACUAGUGCAAGUAUUGUGGAAAAGUCAGGGUAGUGAGGAGUUGACUUGGGAACGAGAAGAUGAAGUUAGGGAGAAGUACCCGUACCUAUUUCCGGGAUAA